GGCGGCGGCAUGGCGGCAGCGGCGGCCCGGCGGCGGGCGGCGGCGGCGCGGCGCGGCUGAGGAUGAUCUCGCGAUACGCGCGGAAGCCGGUGCCCCCCGGCGCCCCGGAGAUAAAAGGACUUCCAAAACAUGCCUUGCGGCAUCAUCCGCCACCAGAACCACGAGCUGAGGUGUGCCCAGCCGUGCUCACGGCUGAAAACUAUGGCAAGAUCUCAAGGGAGUCUGAAAUCUGGAAGGAGUCAGAUUACCCUUCUGUUACUCCAGCUGAUGAUGGGAAUUCAGGUUCUGCUGGUCAGAGUUACGCUGACACUUCCACCGAAGACAGCUCAGUCUUCUCUUGGGGCUAUGAUGAAUUUGAUAAAGCUGCCACACAACAAGUUCAGCAAAUGUUCAGGCAGAUUGAUGAGCUUCUCUAUGAGCAGAAAGAAAAUGCGCAUGUUGAGGGACUGCGGGAAGAAUGCCACCAGUGGACAUCCAACUUUCCUCAUCUCAGGGUUGUGGGGAAGCAGAUAGUGAUCCCCACAGAUGAAGGGUAUGGAUGGUAUUCAAGUUCACCUUCUGGCAGUUUAGGUUCUUCAGAUGUAAGUUCACCACAAGAAAAAGAUUCUAAUGAAUUUAGUGUUUUUGGCAAGAAGGUACCUCUUUCUGUUACUCCUGUUCACAAAAAGACUGACCGUUCCAAGUCUCCGACCUUGUGUUCUCCGGAGAGCGAAGAAGGAGAUGGAGUAAUUGUCUCUGAAGGCAUAAUGGAGGAAUAUUUAGCAUUUGACCGCAGAGAUGUGGAGGAGGAGUUGCAUGAAAGGAAAAUGGGAUUGUCCUCUGGUAGACGGAAAUUGCGGUUUCCUCCUAUCUCUCCAUAUUCCUGCAUGAAGGAUUCUGUGCUUACAUUUGUGUUUGAUGAUGUGUGGAGUGAAGUCCUGGGCUGCAUGGAAGAAUUAAUCUGCAGACACUGGGAAGGGUCAGCCUCUGAUGAUGAGAAAAACAUCAUAACAGUAGAAACAAUCAGAGCAGAUGCCAGAAGCCCUUUGCAGUUUGAUCCUCUGCCAGUGUUAUUACCCCAUGUGCCACAAGCUAAAAUGCCCUCAGUGACAUCAAAUCUGUGCCCAAAACCCAGAUGCGGCCGCAAAAGCAAAAAGAGGAGAAAAACACCUCAAGUAAGUCUCUCUCAAGGGUCCAGCAGUGGCUCUCAACGUAAUCUAAAUGGCCUGAUGGUGAUACAUGGGAUCCAGUUACAGCAAAGAAAUCUGCCUGUAAAGGAGAAAACACUUGACCUGGAUGACAAACGGCCAGGCUCCAGUUCCAUCCUCUCUACCAGAGUGUGGCCAAGUCGUCCUCUAGAGCUCAGCACAUCAUCCCUGUCACGUUCCACAAGAAGGCGAAACCCACCACCACGUACCCUGCAUCCCAUCAACAGAAGCCACUCUGGUACUGGGACCCCAGGGUCUGUGGAUGAUGUCUUCAGGGGAACUCGAUUUCCAACUGCACAUGAGCAGCUGACCUCACCCUCACCACUGCUGCUAAACCGAAAUAAUCCCCUACCACCUAUUACUACCAGCAACGUGGCAGAGCAUGUGAGCACUGCAGGAUCCCAGAAGCAUAAGAAAUCUCGAGGGAACUCAAGUCGAGCUCACAGUGUAACAAUACAAGAAGAUACCCACCAGCAGCCACAGGAGCGGCUUUUCUUACCUGAUCAUUUCUCCAGGCCUAACAGAACCAACACGUUCUCGCCAGAUCCACAGCACCACUGUUCUUGCACUGUUACUGAUCAUAGUAAUCGGUCUCGGACAAGCAGAGGAUCAACAGGUUCAGGUCUUCAGCUGCAUGGCUCUGUGAAAGCCCACAGUCGAAGUGGAUCGGUCACAAAAAGCAAACAAGGGUUCUAACGUGCCAUGAGGAAGUCUCUCUCCAUCUCCAGUCAUGAACCACCUCUCAUUCCCAGCAAUGUCAACAUUGUUUACAGAGAGUUUUCAAACACCCUUCCUUAGAAAUAGUUAUUUUUAUAUAAAUCUAAGAAGCAGCUGCCAAAGAUUAGAAGUGGUAUACUUAAACAUUCCAUUUUCUAACACUAGAAAAAGUUACACUCCAGGGAAGGGCAAAUAUACUCCAGCAGACAGUAAAACCCAACUCCUAGAAAAAUCUAGCAAAUGCUCUCAGUCAUUGCUGUUUUCCAAGUACUGGCUUGUGACUGGUUUACAUUGUUACAAGCAGGUACUGCAGAACCUGAUUUUUCCAUUAGCUGUACAGAAGAUUAAUCAGGCCUUCCACAUCAGUAGUCAUUUAAAUUUUUUAAACUGUAUUUGUAUGUUUUAAAGCAAUAUUAUACUAUGAAAAGCAAGCACAGCACGUGAUACUGCUUCUACAGCUCAAGACUAACUUAGGAAUCCUGUAGUAAUGGCAGCAGAUAGCACAGUUGCGUAAAACUAAGGUAGCAAACCAAAACCGAACUGACAGCUUCAAGGGUAGCACACCACUGGCUCUGCCUGUGUUACAUACUUGUACCUCUUCCUCGUGGCUAAAGAAGGUUUAAGAGGCAAAAAUGAGACUUCUACUCCAACUCAGUAGUUCCAGACAGCAUUCAAAGUACAUUGUCUUCCUGGUGAGGUAUGUUAUGGUCAUUUCACAGAGCAGGCCAGAAUCCCUUUCUAAAACUGCCUACAAUUAUACAAGACUUCUGCACUCUGCCGUGGAGCUCCACAACCCACAGAUGCCAUGUAGCUUUUAAUAGACGUUCUGCACUGCGUGACAGACCCACUGGAGGUAUUAGCUGUAGUUGCCCUUGUGGCUCCAGAUAAGACAAAAACAUGAAAUACAGGCUUCUCAAAAUAAGUGAUUAGUUGAAGGUCUUACUCCUAAACAGUAAGUUCCACACUACAAGUGUAAAAACAAGGUAAAGAUAACCACUUACCGUAUUUUAACAAAGUUAGGUCACUGCACAAAACCAGUUGUUCCUCCAUAAUCUAAUUAAGGAACACUCUUUUUCUACAUUUCCUUAUUAAUAUUUUUUCCAAAUUGCAAUUCAGAAUGGAAAAAACCUGUCAGUAUUCUUUAUGAAGCAGUUCCCGUACUUCCACAGUCUUUAAGUUAUUCAGUCCAUCAAAUGUCAGUGGUACCAGAACAGAAAAAAUAAUUUUUAAUCAAUAUUGAAGUUUUUCAGUCCAGUUGAUCUGAGUAUACUGUAAUCAAAAAGAAAGCAAAGCAGAACUGUGCAAAUAUGGCUGAGUUAACUUUCCUUUGCAUUUCUAGAAGGGGAAAAAAUAAGCUCUGGGCUCAACCUAAGUCUCUUUAAGUUUGCACAGAGAUAAAUGGAUGCUAAAGAGAGGCCUCUAUUCACUGAACUCUUUCAAAAUACUGUUUCUCUUCACAGUUAUGACUACUGGAACAUUAUACACUAUGUCAUUUAGUUACCUCAAGCUAACCGGAGAUAAGCAUCCCAUCUGUAUCAGUGCUAUUCCUCAGGGACCAAGUUAGUUUUCUGUAGCUCUAGUGUGUAAGAGUUACAAAAGUAGACAAACUUUGAAUAGACUUCUAGUAAUAUAAUGUAGUAUUUUAUAGCCUAGAGGAGUCAGUGUGUUAAAGUGAAAGCAGCCUCAUCAUAAGGUAAUUUUUGGUUUCUGUAUAAACAGUUGACACCAGAGACUUCUCCUGGGCUGUUGAUACCUAUUUCAUAUAGUAAAAGUUAUGUUCAAGUCAGAUGUUAUGCAACUUAAUGGUAACACUAUACUGUCUCCAAAUCAGGAUUUUUGAAAGCAGCCAAGUAAACAGGAACAGUUCCCACCUACCUCUAGCUUCCCCUAAGAAGCUCUGUUAGUUCCUGAAUGCUGUCAGUUGAGACCUUCAACUCAAAAGUAAGCGUUCACCUUGUGGCUCGUAAGCCUUUGAAAAAUCAAUCACAAUAUAAGGCCAGCCUCAUUCCUUUGAAUAGUGAAAACUAGUUCCCUUCAAAUUCAUGCCCCUGCACACUACAUCAAGUGGUUUAGAAACAGGUGAAGCAAAAACCUUCUAAGUAUUUGCGUAUCUUAAGGAAGUAGUUCACUUCUGAAAUAACAAGUGUUGACAAGUACAGUGAAGUAGCUCAUCACUACCGUCCCACAGCAGGCUUCACUGUCAUGGUAUUGAAGUAACACGCAAGAUAUUCCUAAGCUUCGAAACAUCAUGGGACAUCAUGAACCCUAGAAAUACACUGAAUAGACUCUGUGCUGUGGAUUGUUAACUGUUAACCUCACCUCAGCGUGUCAGAGAAUUUCUGCAUAGUCAUGUACAUGCUGCAGUCUCAUACUCUUCUUAAGGCAUCUAUCGCAGGCAGGCAAAGACCAAACACAAGUUGGCCCUUUCACCUAAUGUAGCGUGACCACCGCCGACACCACAGUUGACCAUAUAGCCAUAUUUUCAGCUGCUAUAGAAGUAUGUAGUAGUUACUUGACUUAAAUCAGUCAGAACAGUGCAUGUGAUGUUUGUUUUCAGCAGCUGCCUAGAAAAUGUAGAGACAGUAGUGGAAGCAACAUAGCACCAAAUUCUGCAAAAACUUUUUAUUUAUUAAAUCUGUCAUUUUCCAAAGUACCUUUAUAAAUCCGCUGGAAUAUCUGGAAAACAUCUGUUGAGCUGAACUGCAAAACCUUUAAAAACAGCAGAAGGUUUGUUACAAAAGAAGUGUGUGAAUAGCAAUAAGAUAGUAUUUCCAACUCAGAAACCACAGGAAUAUGGCACUGAAGACUCUCAAAGGUAUGGAAUUACGCUGUUUUACCCUCAGCUGUACCAAUAUCCGGUAGGUGUUUGGAAGGCAGGUGCUUCAACAAGUUCAAUAAACACACCACCAUCCCAAACAUCAUACUGCUUCCUUACUGUAACAAAACUUUUAGUCAAAGAAUCUGUUUGAUCUUAACUGAAGAGCACCAAAGUGAUUUUAAACAUCUUCAGGAUGGAUUCCGCAUCAUACCUCCCACUCACAGCAAGUUGAUGCACACGCAGUCCAAAACAGUAGCCCAGAAAAAAGCUCAAAUUCUCCCAAAUCCACGUUCUCAUACAAAACGACACCUGAUAUUUCAGCCUACACAGUUCUUUAUUUCUUUCUCUAUUUCUUUCCUUUCCUGGCUGCAGUCUUCUUUCCUCCUUUUUUAGCACUACUCCCAUAUUUUGCUUCCAGUUGGGCCAGAAAGUCAUCCAUUUCCUUUUCCCGAUCUUUAUUUCUCUUCUGGGGAAGGGGGAGAAAAAGAAACCAAAUUCAAAACUUUUACUACUGCCCAAGACAGCUGAUUCUAUUGAAGAUAAGAUAGCUACAUAAAAUCCUGGAAUAAUUAAACAGGGAAUACAAGCUACAGAAGGUAUAAUACUGUAAAGGAAAAGCCCGCUUGUAUGGUCUAGGCCAGGGGUCCUCAAACUUUUUAAACGGGGGGCCGGCGCACGGAUGAAGUGGCAGGCAGUCAUCUGCAGCUGCUUGGUUUCCCCCCCGCAACCCCUGGCCUGGGGGUGUGUGUGUGUUCUGUAAAUACCGGGGGGCGGAUUGAGGACCCUGGGGGGCUGCAUCCAGCCCGCAGGCCGUAGUUUGAGGACCCCUGGUCUAGGCUCUAUGCCUAACUUCCUGAAGUAUCAAGACAGAGGUAAAGGGUGACUGUAAAAAUUCAUGACAGAAAGCUAGGAAAAGCCAAUCCACUUCUAGUUUAGACCCAAAACUCUACUACAAUUGGAGAAAUUAUUAAGCAUGAACAUUCUAGGGAGCUCACUGGAUGACAAGAAAGAAGAAACAGAAAACGUUCCAGAACACGGAAUGUAAACCGUGUGUUUCUUUCCUCAGUCCCCAAGAUGCAAAAGUGAAGUAGCAAGUUCUAUUGACUUCUACAUCCUCCGGGAAUCCCUCAGAAAAAAAUCAUUAACACUUCCUAACUCCCUAAAACUAGAAUUUAAGUAUUUUGACUGUGUAUGCAAUAAGGAUAUUAAAGUAACUUUGUUAAUUUUUAAAAAGAUGCAGGAAAUAAAAUCCAUACCAUGCUCUGACUUAAUUAAAGUACAUAGCUAGUUAACAUUAAGGUCAGGUUUUAACCUCAGGAACUCAGAAGAAUUGCAAGGAUGCAGAAUACAAAGAUGCUCAGGGAAAACACAAUUAUAAGCUGGUAACUUAUCUUCAACAGAUACAAAAAGCCUUACUUGAAUCAGCGCUUUCAAGUCAUCUUCUCCACCAAGGCCCAGUUCAUCUUUAGUCUUCUCUGCCUCUCUAGCUUCUUUUUCUGCCUGAAAUAGCAAACUAGUUUUUUAAAAAGCAUUUCGGACAGUAUUUGACAAAGCCUUACAGUAGUUACCAAUAACUUUUUUUUGCAUCUGAAUACAAAUUGAUGCAGGAGAACAUGAAUGGUUUCCAAGUUUGGCCACAGAUGAGAAAUUGUCAAAGAAAGCCCAUUCCGGCUCCACAGUUUAGUAGAUCAGGUUAGUUUUUUUGCAGUUUCACAAUGCUGAACGUGAUGUCUGUCCCCAUCCCUGUGACCCCCACCCACACUUAUUUUGUCUUAGUAGCUAUUACAUUUUCUUUAAGUCAGAGAAAGGUUACUGUGAUGUGCAUAUAACAUACUCUACAAAGUGCCCAAAAAAAACCCGGGUUGGAGAAGAGGUCCAUUUAGUCCAGCAUGUUAUUUCACACUUGCCAGAAGGCAAGCAUAAUAUAUUUCUACCAUGUAUCCUUCUUCAAUACAGCAACUCAUAGCUUUGUAAAUAAACGCAGCGCCAUGCAGAACUAUUAAGCCAUUGUGUAUAAUAAUGAAAUGAAAGAAUAAUAAGCAACAGCCUAUUACAACUCUUUUUAAAAGCCUUUCACAACAAUUGCAGGGGGGCGGGGGGGGGGAAGGGGAGAACACAGGUGAUAAAUGUGAAAGUCAAGGAUUCUGAGAGCAAGAUCUGUAACCCAGCAAUCCUGUGGCAAACAUUUGUCUCGAGAACAGCUGUGUUUGUUUCUACCAAGGAAGAUUAAAGGCUUAUCACAAA